AUGACAAUGGAACAAGAAUCAAAGCAGGAUGCGCUGGAAAUAUUUUUCGAUGACAAUUUUGUGCCGCACGCGUUUCUGGACUCGCUGUUCCUCUCUUCGCUACCCUCGCGAACAAUAAAGGCUAAUCCUUCAGUGAGAUCUUUACAGACGUUACAGACCAAGUGCUCGUCGUUGUUAGCUCACUUGGACUAUUACACAAACGAAUUAACAGAUGAUUUGGAAUCCAAAAUUGAAGAUCUCCAACAAUCGUCCUCGGUCAUAUCCUAUUCCUACAAGCGGCGAACGGACGUGCCUCAGAAGGGCUCUGAUCUGAAUGGGGUUACAAGAUUGGAGUACUAUAUUGACACUUUGUCCUCCUCAAUCAACUCGUUGUUCCAGGACCUGGAGUCCGUGAAUUUGAAGCUUACAGAAAUCCAGAAUGAAUCCAGCAGCAAGACCACAUUGGCAGAUCUAGCCAAACUGGUCACUGUCAAGAAACGGAUGAACUUGGUCUUGACGGUGUUCCAGACGGCUAAUGCCAUCAUACACACAUCCAGCCUGGUCCAGGAGAACUCGAGUUCCUCGGUAAAAGCUGCGCCCACGGGAGGCGAUGAUGAUGACAUGGGUAUACCCGUUUCUGUUGAGGCUUUCGAGUCUUCGCUGAAUAUUUUGGAGGAAACGAUAAUAGAAGAGUUCCAGAGAGAAAAGCAAGCCGAUGAAAUCAACUCCAGCUUAAUUGGAAAGUGUGAUUCCAUGAUCGAGUUAUUGCCGAUAUUCAAGAGUCUGACCCACUUUGCGGCUCCAUAUGCUGGUUUUGUGAAGUUCCUGGAGGCUGAGAAAGCAAAGUAUUUGAACUGA